AGUUGUUUGUAAUCCUAAACUUUGAAUCCUACAGUAUGUGGGUGCUUUCUCUGGACAACUGUCACCCAGAGAUCAGGGGAACGCCUGGUCUGGCACUCUGCAAGGCUGACUUCAGCGAAUGUGAUUGUAUCGGCCAUGUGUGUUGAAGACCCAGGUGAGUGACAAACACACCUCGCGUAGUGAGUGCUGUGACGUUGGAAAGCCAGGAGAGUAUCCGGUGGUGGCUGUCCUCAGCGGCUGGGAGAUAACAUGGUACACAGCUACAGACGCACCUGAUCCUGUUACCGGCUAAUGAAAAAGGAAAAGGACAUGCAAGCUCAUCUAUCAUUCUUCAUGAACUUUGAUGCAACUUGAAUUUUUGUUUUAAAAAAACAUUGUCUUAUUGUCACAGUGGUGUGGCUUUUAAACCAGACCCAUUCUUCUUGGUGGACUUCAAGCUUCAGUUGGGGGAAGACUAGCGAUUUUCCAGCCUGCUGCUUGAGUUAAUUACUGCUUGUGGAUUGCAGCACUCGUGUUGGGAUUUCCAGGACUCACAUCGGAGGUUUUUUCUAUCUAGCGAACAAAAAAGACAGAAAGUUGUCAUCCAGGUUGCAACGACACCUGUGGAUGUGGACCAGUGAAUUUCUACGUUUGGUUCAUUUUGUGAAGCAUUUUUUUGGACAACAGAUUUUCUUUUAUUCCACUGGAGCCUCAUGGAUUUUAACCCCAAUUACUUCAUGAUCCUUACGUAUAAACCGUGUGAUGUAGUUCUACUUUCAAGGCUUGUGAGAAACGCUUAGUCGUGGCUUAAUUCUUCAGUUUUUAAUUGACCUGGACCGUUUUGCCUAAUUUUUAAGAGGGUAUGAUGAGGGACAAGCGUUCUGGGUCUUUUAGGAGGGACAGGGACAAGACAGAGAAGGCCGCCCCGAUCUCUCGUGCUCUCAGUUGGCUGAGCGUGUCCUCGCUGUCACAGCAGACCCGUAAACUGUUCCGCAGCCAGAACAACCUCCAUAGACACUCCCAAACUCCACAUGGAGUGGAUGAAGAUGGUGAUGACUGGGUGUAUGAACCCCAGCACAACACAGCUGUAUCUAAUCUGGAUGAAGAGAAAAAGUGGACUGUUCACUACACGGCUCCAUGGCACCAGCAGGAGAACGUCUUUCUGCCUGGCUCCAGACCGGCCUGCGUGGAAGACCUACACCGCCAGGCCAAAGUUAACUUGAAAACAGCUCUCAGAGAAUGUGAUAAACUGAGGAAAGAUGGUUUCCGCAGCUCACAAUACUACUCACAGGGACCCACCUUCUCAAGCUCCUCAAACUCGCAACAUGAGGAUGAGGACAUCGAAGGGGAUGACGCUGAUAAAAAGUCUACAGCAUCUUCAGGAGAGGAAGAGAAAGACUCCUGCCAAAUGAGAGCACAACGUCCCACACAGGAGGAGGGGGUUGAGGUUGAUGGACAAAUGUCACGGUCCAAAGCCCCGCACCUGCCCACUCCAGAAGAGAAGAUGAGGCAGCAGGCCAAGGCUGUUCUCACAGAUAUUGUCCCCAUCGAUGUGACUGGGGAGACGUUUGACAGGCAGGCCAGCAUUCGCCGCUCCCUAAUAAACACUGACACACUGGUCCGCCGGCCCAAGAAGGUUAAGCGAAGAAAGACUAUUUCAGGGGUGCCUGACAGCGUCCAAGAGGAACUAGCAGCUAAAGGGCGCGGAGGAGAGCUUCGGCCACAGUCCAUGUUUAUCCCUGGACAGUAUUCAACACUUGGGCGAGCCAUGAAUAGGAAUUCGACUCUCCAUCGAUCUAUAACAAAAGAUUCUGGCUGCCAAACUGAGGAGGUGAAAAUUGUCCCACCCUCUGUGAGGAGAAUACGAGCUCAGAAGGGCCAAGGAAUUGCUGCUCAGAUGGCCGGCAUCUCCACUUCUGCCAUGAACAUCUCUUCUGUCUAUGAUGGGAGCUCCCCUGGAAGUUCUAUUGUUGUAAUGGAACCACAGUUUGGCAAUGAUAUCCAACGUUUUCACAGCUUGCCACGAGGUGCACGGGUCUCUCUAAACGCAGAGCCCCUCUACAGUAGCACCCCUUUCAGGCAAGAAGACUCCACUGCAAAAGCACCUCAGCAGAUUGGAAAAUUACAAGUAGAUGAAACUGUGGUGCACAUGAGGAAUGCCCCCAGGGUAUGUAACCAAGCCCGGCCAAAAUCUCAGGAGGUGAGGGGUACUCAAAAGGAGUGGGGAUCUGUCUCAGGUCCAGCCUGUGUAGUUUCUCCACAUGCAGCCUACUCAACCUCCCUUAUACCUAAUGCUACUCUGUCAUGUUCUGCUGAGGUUAUUGCACUUCAUACCACAUCAAGCCCUGGCCAGAGCCCACUUGCCGGGUCAUCACCAUACACUAAAGGUAGACCUCUUAGCAUGGUCUCAGCUGUUAACAGUGAGAGCACUAGUAGUGUAGGCACAGGAUCACACACACCAGAGUCAGGCAUGAAGGAUACCUGCAGUGAGACUGGCCAGUCUGAUAGUAGUUUGCACAGCCACAGCACCAUUGCAGCAGGAACAUUGUCUUCAGACGAGCAAUGGAUUUACGACACUCCUGAGAAUGUAUUGCCCAGAAGGACACUGACUUCCAGCAGCUCAACACCUAUAAAUCAUCUCUAUAGUAGCCUUGAACGCUCCUCAAAAGGCACAGACUCUAGUUCACUCUACUCAAUGGACAAUGAUGGCUACUACACUUCCAUGCAUCUGGAUUCAGGUCUUAGGUCAAGGAGCCAGGGUAGUGGCCAUGGUCAUGGUAUAGGAGGAAGAGCAGCAAGACACAGUAUGUACGAGUGCCUGGGUCAGCAAGAAGACAGAACCAGCUUGUACAGUGACCACUCACUGUCACGCUCCAUCUCUCUACGCAAGCCUAAAAAACCACCUCUUCCACCAGCACGCACAGACUCCCUACGACGAAAACCUAAGAAAACCAGCUCCCCUACUGCCAAUAUUGGAGGCUCAGAUAUUCGCAAUGGUUCUCUUCUCAAUGAGUCGCUAAUUGCCACACUCCAACUGUCCCUUCAGAAUGGGCUGAAAGGCAAAGGGUCCUCCACCUCACCAUCUCACAGUCCUUGUAGUGACUAUGAGGACCCCUGGAUGCUUCGUCCCAGGAGCCAGAGCAGCAUCAGUGCAGGCAGCAGUGGUGUAUCAGCAGCAGGGAUGGCCCAUGUGUACUCCAUUUGUCAUGUCACACCUUCUCAUAGUGACAAUAGUAGCCUUCGUUCUGAAUAUGCAGACUCUUGGGGCUACUACAUGGAUUAUCCUCGCCCAUCUGGAGAUCAAACACAGUCCCCAUGCACCAAUUCAGUUUCUGCUGGACAAGUGGUUGAGAUGGUAAAUGGAAGAAGCCUUCACAAUGGUAACCAAGCUACUCUUCCUCCUGCUCAGGAAGGAAGUGUAAAGCCCAGAACAGGCACCUCAUCGCCAGACAGGGUGCAUCGGUUGACUUCUCCAUCAAGUGGAUACUCAAGUCAAUCCAACACUCCAACAGCUGGCACUCCCAUCCCCUCUUUUAUGAGAUGCAAGUCCCCAUCAGGCAGCAAGCCCAAACCCAGAGUGCCUGAAAGAAAGUCAUCCUUGCUCUCAUCUGUGUCCAUAUCCUCUUCUUCUACAUCUCUUUCCUCUAACACCUCUGAUUCCAACAGGAACAAUAUUCCUCCUCCACCUCCUCUUCCAGCUGCCCCUGUGGCUCUUAUACCUUUCAAUGCUCCGUCCUUUCCUCCUCCCCUUGCGCCUUCCAGCCCUGUGUGCAGUGCAGACCAGAUUUUUCCUCCUCCACCACCUGCUUUACCCACCACCCCCACUCAAGAAGCAUCCAUGAGCCCUCAUUCAAUCAAUUCUUCCCCUGAAUUUCCACCGCCUCCACCUCCAGAAGUGUUGAUAGACCCUGCCUUGUCGGGCCUCAAUAGUUCUUUCAGCCCUCCACCACCUCCUCCACCACCACCACUGCCUCCUUAUUCCCCCAUCCCUGCUUAUUCUCGACCCCAAGAUCAACUCCUAUCCAGCCUGACACCACCUACACCUUCUUCUACUUGUUUGAAGGAAAUUAAGUGUAGCCUAAAACCAGUGAAGACAGUGUCGCCUCUCUCUGAGCAGGCUAGUACGGUUGGCAUGCCUCUGAUCACCCCACUUGCCCUGCAGAGUGUGCAACUUCGCCCAGCAAAGCAGCCAAAAAACAAUGAAGUUAAUCAGUUGGCCAGACCCCAAACACCAGAGAAGCCUCUCAAACCACGGCACCCCACAGUUCCUCAGGUUUCUUUAAUACCUCCUAAUUUAAGGCCAUCAUCUCCAGAGAAAAAACUCUCCAUCCAGCAUAGCCAGGAUAGCCAUGUUGAAGCACAACCUGACUGUGAUGUAAAAUCAAUUCCUGGAAGAACAUCCUGCCUCACAAAUGGGUCCAUAGAUCUUGACGAGGUUAAGGCCACAACUGAAGUAGAUGGUUUGGAGCCUGCCCUCUCAUCACCUGCAGAAACACCACAAAACACCACACCCAAGAAAAAGCCUCCUGCAGUUUCCAAAAAGCCUGUGUUCUCUCUUACCUUUUCAUCAGUGGAUCAUGUCAGUGAUUUGCUGAGUGCUCAAAAUGACGUUAACAUCUCUACAACUACGCCUGAAGGUCUGGACCGCACACCUGUGUCAGAACAGGAAGAGACAACUGAGAAGGAUAGCAUUGAAAUUUCAGUACCUCCUGAGGAGAUAAGAGACAUUUCUUCCACAAAUUGUGAAGCACAGGAAUUCUCCCAGACUUCUGGUACCAUCAUUAUUGAUGCAGACAUGGGUACCAUUGAAGGAAAGAAGGGAGAAAAGGGAGAUGAUGAAGAUGUAACCAGCAGCACAGAAUCUUUUGGAUCUAAAGAUGAUGAAAGUGGUGAGGUGUUUGAGUCCAGCACGUUAGACGUCGCUCAAUCUCCCAGCAUCAGUGGCGACAGCGGUGGGGACAUGGUGACCCCCACACGGCCCCGCACCACAGAGGACCUCUUUGCUGCCAUUCACAGCCUGGACCAGUUGAACAUGAACACCCCCCAACAUACGAGGUCAAAGCGGAAGGUCCUGGGGCGUAAGGAAUCUGAAGAGGAGCGUUCACGAGGUCCUUUAUCCCCACCAGUCACCCCCACAGGAAUGGCCCCCGGUUCGACUUCCUCCCUGCCGCGGCAAUCAGGCUCCAUACAGCGUAGCCUCCGUAAAUCCCCGACCAGCAGCGACACGUUCAAGGCCCUCCUGCUGAAGAAAGGCAGUCGCUCCGAGACCAGCUUCCGCAUGUCUGCCGCCGAGAUGCUGCGCAGCACCGACCCGCGCUUUCAGAGGACUCGCUCUCUCGACUCCUCGCUCGAUCCAGCAUCUCCGACGGGCGAGAGCCCCUGCUCUUCUCCAGGCCGGAACAAAAGGGCGUCUGAGGACUGGGCGCGCAACGAGGGAAUGUUCUCAACGUCCCCGUCAUUAAUCGGGCCGAAGUACGGCCGAUCCCGCACACCGCCCUCUGCCGCCAGCAGCAAGUACAACGCCCGCAGCCGGAUCCUCAGCAGCCCCAUGACAGUUAUUUGCGAGAGGGAUGGAGAACUCACCGACUGUGAAGACCCAUGCCCUGUUUCACCUUUAAACGCGCCCCUUCCCAUCUCUCAGGACUCUAACAGCACUUUAUGUGAGCAGGGCAGCAGUUAGGAGAAGAAAUGGCUCCUUGGCAAAGGCAGAACGUCUUCUCGGCACCAGAGAUUGACUGAGGGCAGAAGACCAGCAGUCGAACUCUCGAAGGUCUUGCUGCCCGCUAAUCCAGGCAGCGCUGCCUGAUAUUGUAGUGUGGGCUAAGACAUGCGGACCCGAGGUUGAUCAAGCCGUCAGCUCUCAAACAGUAGGCGGUGUACUGCUAUACCGAUAGCUCUUCACAAAUAAACUAACCUAUCUAAUCAAAUUUGACCUCUGAAAUUCUGCUUUCAGUGGCAAUACUAGACCCAUCUUUUCAAACCCCAACAAUUUCUUGUUAUAUUGUUCAGCCUUUUAUUUCCACUCUUCAGCAUUCACAGUCAGAUUUGUGUGGGGGGGUUUUGGUGAAGCUGUUUACGAAAGUUGCAUAGAAGGAAUUACUAUGUGACUGCUUGUUUUGGCUGUAGUAGUUCAAGUUGAUGGAUACUGUGUCAGCGCUGUGGUCCAAAGAGGUGUGUCACUUCUCAAACUUCACGAGGCAGCUCUGUCAGCGCCUUUCAGUCAGAUAUCUUCAAAGAGCACACCGACCAAUUUCUACAAGAGACUUUUACUUUUCGGACCAUCGGAAGUGUCUGGAAUAGAAAAGGAAUUGUGGGCCAAGAGAUUGGAGUAAUGACGGCUUGUUUGUGGAAACAAAAAGAGUUUGUUUGGUUUUUGGUGUGUAGGUUUGCACUGUUCAUUGUCUCCUUUUAUUUGUCAUUUAAAAAAAAAACAUUGUGUCUGUGUUGGUUAUUUUAAAGACUUAAUUCUUGCAUCUUACUUGAAACAAAUGACCGGUUUUACUUGUAAUUGAUUUGGUUACCAAAGAGCCGAACGGGACAUUCUCUCCAACUAUGUGAGGGCAUUAGUCAGACUGAGUUCUGUUCUGUUAACAUCUAGUGAAAGUGACCGCUUUAUUACUAACCCUCCUGUUUACCCGUCAAGCUUCUUUUUUUUCUUUCUUUUUUUUCUUGUGCAGUUUUAUAAUGUUUUUUAUGUAUAUACCUAAAGAAAUGUUAAGUAACACCUGAACUUAUUUUCAAAGAAUUUGUACAUUUUAGAAACCUUUGCUAGGAGUGGCUUCCUUUUGUAGAGUAUUUAUUUUAGAAUAGCCAGAAUGUGGUUUGAUAUACUGUAGCUGGAGGUGGGCGUUUUGGGAGGGAAGUGUGAUUAGAGGAGACAUACAGACAAUAAGUUCAGAUUCAGCAGUCACAGAACUUCUUAUCCUGUUCCUUCACCCGUCGUACUGAUGGAAAAGCGGGUCAGAAAAUAAAAGCAGAAUAAAUAACGACGGCAAAGAGGAAGCAAGCUGCUAACCCUCUGGAGUUUGUCUCUGUAAUAAAACAUGGUGAUAUUUAAAAAUGGC